AUGCUCGAAGCAAGGUCAGCAUAUCAGGAGGGAAGCCUGUGGUUCUAUGCGCCAAACAAAGGCGCUGCAAUUGCCUUUGCGAUUCUCUUCGCUAUUUCCGGCGGCCUCCAUGGGUAUCAAUGCUACAAAUAUAAGUCCUGGAAAGUCACCGGCUUUCUUCCCUGGUCUGCCCUUCUGUUCACGGCGGGUUUCAUCACCCGAACUAUUGGAGCGUUCGGACAGUGGGGCAAUAUAGGCAUCUUUAUUGCAAGCACUGUGCUUCUCCUCGCUGGACCACCAGUGUAUGAGGGUGCUAACUUCUUCAUUUUGGGCCGCAUACUCUACUACAUCCCGUACCACUCCCCAAUCCACCCCGGCCGCGUAUUCACGACCUUCCUCGCCCUGGGCGUGGUCAUUGAGAGCAUUACCGCGAAUGGGGCGGCCCAAGUCGCAAGGACAGAUUCUAGUGUCAGCUCGCAGAACACCGGAAAGGCACUACUGAAGGCGGCGCUUAUCAUGCAAAUCUUUCUAAUGGUAAGCUUUGUGUCUUUGGCCGGCCGAUUCCACUUCAACUGCGCCCGAGGAGGCGUAUUGAACCACAAGAUCAAGAGUGCAUUACUGGUGUUAUACUGCAGCUGCACCCUCAUUACCAUCCGCACCAUCUACCGCACCGUGGAAUACUUUACUGCCGCGAGUCUGAAUGCCUACAGUGACAUCGAGAAUAUCAAGGAGUGGUUCUUCUGGUUCUUUGAGGUGGUAUUCAUGUAUAGCAAUACCACCUUGCUGAAUGUCUUUCAUCCUAUGCACUGGCUUCCGCGGUCAAACAAGAUUUAUCUCGCUGAAGAUGGUGUCACAGAGAUUGAAGGCCCUGGCUAUGACGAUCCCCGUCAUUGGCUCCAGACUUUUGUUGAUCCAUUUGACAUCUACGGGCUGAUCGUUAAGCGAGGCAAGAAAGAGAAGUAUUGGGAGGCGGACCCAACCCGGAGAGAGGGCACCACUGCUAAAACUACCCAAGGGGUAUAA